GUUAUAUGCAUCCAGUUUUUGACUUUAGCUAUCUAGACUGACUAGGUAUUAUCGAAUUUCUGCUUUUCUGUAACUAGCAUCGUGGAUAGACAGCCUUAUACCUCGAUAAAAUGCCACGAUGGACUCCCACACCAUCUCGACGACCACUGAAAGCAGUCCCACGAUACCUGCAAAAUGCAUCAGUCUUCCUGCCGAAGUAUGGCUGCUCAUCUUCUCCGUUGGCAGACUCGACAGACACGGUGACUUCUGGAGCACCUAUGACCACCCCACCAUGGCCAAGAUCUGCCGCUGCUGCACCCUCUUCCGCGACCUGAUCCGCCCCAGGCUCUACUGCAACUUCGAGUCCAUCAUGUUCACAGGCGUGUGGCAUCGCUUCAGUGUUGAAAAGUUCGCCCGGACAGUUUGUGAGAAUCCUCGCCUGGCCGGUAUGGUACGGAGGGUGGACAUCCGGGGGUUGUGCAGGAUGGACGAGCUCUUUGGGCCGGCCCGUGUGCUGUCGGCCGGCGACCCUGACCACGACUUGGCCUUGAUACUUGUGCAGAAGGCCGCCGAAUUGGGAAUAGGACUCCAACCCUACCUGUCGUACAGGGACGACAGUAUGCGGGACUAUGUGGGUUUUGAUCUCACCGCACUCGUCUUGGCCCAGCUCCCAAUGCUGCACACAAUACGCCUGCACUGGUACUAUGGUCCCCCCCCAGAUACCGUUCGUGUGAACCCCAGCCUCGCUGGCAUGCCAAAGCCUACCUCUGGAUGGCCCUGGACUUCUUCCAUCCGGAAUAUGGCACUGAUGUACUGCGGCCGCCCCGAGCCAGUCUAUGACCAUGGUCCUGCAGGGAGACCACGGCCACACCCUCCUGGAGACGGCAGCUUUGGUUCAGCACUAUCACUCCUCGACAGUGGAAGCAGCCUGACGAGGCUGUCCCUCGUCCACAUCAAUGGCCCACAGCCUAUAUUCCCGCUCAGCAACCUGCUUGAAGUCACCCUGCGAGGCUGUCGAUCCUAUGACUUUGGGCUCGUCAACCUGCUCAAGCGUUGCAGCCGUCUCCGCAAGUUUGUCUACGGGGCCAGCACGUGGGAAGCCCACCACCUGCGGCCCUCACCACGCGACGUCAUCAAAGCCCUCGAGCCAGCCCAGGAGACCCUGGAGACCCUCGCGAUAGACUUUCACGGGGGUGGUCAGGUCUGGGACCGAGCCCGGAUCCAAUCCCUGAAACAGUUCACUGCCCUCAAGACCUUGUACAUCGACAUGAAUACCCUCUGGGACUCAGAUGCCGCGCGCGACAUGCACCAUCUGCCAAAUCAAGACGUUUUACUCACAACCGUGCUCCCCGAUUCGGUUGAGGACCUCGCCUUGUUCUGCUUUGAUGCUUGUGAGCUUCUUGAGCUCAGGAUCGAGGCCCACCUCAGGAGAUUGGCAAUCGACAGGCGGGAGAAGGGGGCUUUUCCGUGUCUAGGGACACUACGUGGAAAGGGAUUGUCACCGCACAUGUACCGUUGGCAGGAUGAGGAUCAUAACCGGGUCGCCGUUUUCGACGAAGCGAUAGAUCUGCUGAGGGAUGACGGUGUGGAUGUCAUCCUUAACGACCCAGGCUGCUGGGGCCCAGAGUUUUCUGAUAUCAUGACAUUUCGCUGAGAGAGCAAAACAAACAGACCAUCUUCAGCGGUUGAAAUACUAGCAUCAACAGCGACAGCGACUUGUCUGCGAAAGUUUUGGACACUCCACUCCAAGAGGAUUUCAAGUCAAAUGCUACUUGGAUGAGAACAACUUAUUGAAGUACCUGUAAUUACACAACGAUGAAAGACUGAGCAAUUAGCAAAUAUUACUUAGAACUAUUUCGACUAAAA